ACUUAAAAAUAUAUAUUUUUAGAUUAUUUUAUAUAUAAAUAAUCAUUUAAUUAAAAACAAAAUGAUCUUCUGUUUCAAUUGAUGAUGUUCAUUAAAAAAUGUUGAUUAUAAAGUCAUGGUAAAGUUACUUGAUAAAUUUGGAUCAAUGGCCAAUAUAAGUGACUCUACUAACACAUUUUCAAUUAGACCAGCAGUAAGCGAAAGUGAUAUAAACAAUGAGUUAAAAAGUGAUCUCCAUGAAGCUUGUUUAACUUUAAGUACAUCGCGUGUAAACCUAGGUGAUAAAAUAAUUGUCACAUGGAAUAAUACUUCUGCUAGAUCCUUAACAGAUUCUUAUUGGCUUGGUCUUUAUUAUCAAGAUGAGCUUGAUGAGAAAAAUUAUAUUGACAUGAAAUCAAAAAAUGUUGGGAAGUCAACAUUUGGUUCAAUAUCUUGGCAUAUUUCUAAAGAUAUUAAAUUUAAUGAAGUGGUUAAUUUAUGUGUGUUCAAAUACUUCCGAAGUAAUCCUGACCAAUGUCUUGCAUGCAGUCCUAUCUUUACGAUAUGUUGUCCACUUGAUUCAUUACCUGCUGAGAUGAUGCCUCCAAUGGCAAUACCUGGUGUCGAUGACUUACUUGUUAUCUCUAUGUCUGGUAUGAAAGCUAGUAAUCUAAAAAAAGGCUUUUUUGGAAAACCUAAUCCAUAUGUUAAAAUUAAUGUUAUUCCACGCGUGAGACAUCUUGCAGCAUUUCAAAAGCAUCAUGGUCUUCAAGGUAAAACAGUACCAAAGCAGAAUACUAUUGAUCCUGUUUGGGAAACUGAGGCAUUUGUGUUUUCUGGCACAGCAGCUGACUUGUUAGAAGUUGAGGUUUGUAACAAAUCGAAACCUAGACCAGCAUCAACUCGAAAAUUUCUAGGAAAACUAAUUUUUCCUGUUUGUAAAAUUAUUGAUGGCUGUGGAUUAUCAACUUCUUGCAGAAUAACGCAACAUCUUGUUGGAAGAACAACUUCUGAUAAGGUUCAAGGUACAUUUUCAUUCACAAUCAACAUAAAGAAGUCAUUUGAAAAAGCUGAAUAUCGAUUUUCCUCGUCUGUCAAGAAGAAUAUCAGCAUCUUUGUUAGCGAUAAAGAAACUCUUCCACCUUUACCAAAUUCCAGUUCUCUUACAUUUUCUGAUGAUGUAAAUAAAAAAAGUCAGCGACCAUAUUCAUAUCACCCUAAUGGAGCGAAGCGAUCUCUAAUUGGAUUUGAAAAUAACUCAUUUUUUGAAGAUUUUAAUGACAUUUGCAAACAAUCUUCCAUUAAAGAAGAAAAUAGUUUAUUUCAACAUAAAAGCAAAAGCCAAAGUACUGAAAUGUUAUGUUUUAAUGAUUUUAGUAAUAGUCACAAUGAGGAAAGUUCAGUGCAUAAUUAUGCAGAACUUGAAAUAGAGCCAGAUUGCUUACAAACGUCAAACAGUGAGCUAACACUUGAUCAAGCUAAUUUAUUUGAUACAAACAUAAGUUCUUGUGUAAAUUCUUUCAACCAAGGUAUUGAACAGCUUCCAGGAAGUAGUCCUAGUAUUGACAGUUCACUCUCUAAAGAACAUGUUGAGAGUCAAAACACUUCAAGUGAUUUUUCAAUUAGUUCAGGUAGUAAAAUUUCUGCUGAUAUACUUACGUCACCAAUAAGCAAAGAUAUACCAACAAUUGAAGGUGGGAUGCCAUCAACAGAAAAUGGAAUUGGGAGGGUUGAAUUUAAUUCAGGAAAUGAUAUUGAUGACGAAGAUGCUGAUGAUGAGGGAUAUAUUGAAGUUGAGCAUGAGUUUACAAGAGAUGAAGAGUUAGAAUCAAAUGCCUCAUAUGAGUCAUCUGAAGCUGAUGAUUUUAAUGACUCUUCUAUUUUAAGAGCUAAUAGUCGUCAGCAACUAUUAGUAGAUGACGAGUAUAGUGAUGAGGAUUUGUUAAGUUUUGUUUCUCCAGAUUUUGCAGAUGUUCCUUCAAGUAGCAAAACUGAAAAUGAAACGGAUACAAGUCAGAGUGAUUCAUCUGUUCCUAUUGUAAAAAGUUCUGAAUUUUUAAAUGUUGUAAAUUCGACUCCUGACAAUUUAACAAUCCAAUCAACAGCUGAGUGUAGUUUAAAUAAAAUUAAUGGGUUCACUUGCACAGAAAUAAAUAAAAGUAACGAGUUUAAACACAUAGAAAAUAACUAUUUAGAAGGUGAUGGAUUAAAAUGCACAGAGUUUUUUGGACAAUUAGGAAAAAAUAUAACUAGUGAUAAAUCAAUACAGCCUGUAGACAUUACUUCUGGUUCUUUAGACCAAAUUUCUCUGUGUGAUUUUAGCGGUAUUAUAAAUUCUAGCAGGUCUGUUUCAUCAAUUGAUGCUUGCAGUGAACAAAUUGGUUCAAACUUUAUUAAUUCAUUUACAACAAACUUUUUGACUGAUCCAAUAAGUAAUCAAAAUAACUUAGCUGAUGUUCCAUUUCAAGUGCACUGUAAUGAAACAAGGAAACUAGAUUCCAGUACUAUACAGCAUAAUAACUCUGACACACUGAUUUCUAAAACAGUUAAAGAUAAAGAAACACCUGUAAAUAAAAAUAAUAAAAUUAAAAGCUCUAAAACUAAACAAACUCAACAAGCAAGUUUUAAAAAUAAAAGUGAAACAAACAAUACUGAAAGAUUUUCAGAGAAUGCUAGUAAAAUAGGUGAUAAUCUGAUUACCCUUAUACAAGAGUUUCCUCCAUUUACUAGUAGUAGUGCUGCAGCUACAAAUAAAGACAAUUUUUCAACGCCAACUUCGUUAGUUCCUUCUGAACUUCAAAGUUGUAAAUAUAAAAGUUAUAGUAAAGAGUUACUUCAAAUGGACUUGUCUCCUUUUUCAUCUGUUGAGAUGCCGAGUACGCAAGUAAUGCCAUUAACCACUUCAGCUGGAGGUCAAAGGCCUGAUUUAUCUUCUACUGUGGAAGAAACAACAGUAGCUGAACAUCAGUCAACAUUAGAAAGUAGAUCUAGUGAAAGGCGUCGCAGUGCGCGUUCUCGUAAAUCCAGGACUCGACAAACUAUUGAGUCAUCUCUUUUAAACGAUGUUACUGACAAUGCUCCUCCCUUAUCCAAAGAUAAUCCUCCUCCUCUUCCUCCUCGCCAGAGCAAUCCAUGUCGCAUAAACACUCCAGAUGUAGAUCUUAAUUCAAGAAUAAUUACUGAUGAAGCAUCUAGUUUGUCAAAUCAGUCUGUAUCAUCUGAUGCAGCAACUACUCCAUCACAUCAAUCUGUACCAACAGGUGGGGCUAAGCCUAGACCAAAACCAAGUAUUGAAAACAGAAGUUCUGAAAAUUUGUCUGAAAAUACAAAAAAUCGUCAACCUCAUUUAUCUCGUCAACAAAUUGUUAGAGAAUCAUUGCGUCAAAUACCAACACCAAAACUAAUGAAUAGAUUAACUUCAACAAGUGGGCGCACACCUGCUGAAAGGUCUGCCUCAAAACCAGCUUUAACUAAUGAAGAUAGGUUACCAAAAAAUUGGGAGAAAGCUACAGAUUCUCACGGGCGUGUAUAUUACAUAGACCACAAUAGAAAAACAACUACCUGGCAUCGUCCUCAAAUUGAUGCAUCAGAGGUAACAAGAGAAGCCAAUGUGAACGAACAGUUUGAUCAAUAUGACCGAAGGUACCAGAGUUUACGCAGAACGAUACGGGGAGGAAAGAAAGUUAAAGAGAAGCCUAUUACUAUUUCUGAAAAUAAUCGAACAAGCUCUGAAAAUCUUCGACCCGUUGUUUCGAGUUCAAGUGAAAACCGACCGAGUGACCGUACUACUACAACAACGAUAGCUACGAUGUUUUCAUCAAUACAGCCAAUGCAUGCAUCAUUAUCAUCAUCAACAACCACAACACCUUCUACUAGUAACAUUUUACCAGUUUUAUCUUCAUCAAAUGAAACAUCGACUGCCCGUAGUUCACCGCAAAUAGAUCCAAAUGCAUUUCAAGCUUAUCCUGGUUGUAUGUUUAUUCGGCGGAAAGAUUUUUUUCAAUUUGUCAACAGUCAUAAUCUUGCUGGACAAUUUUUGCAUCGAAAUUCAACUCUGAAGCAAAUUAUUAAUAGAGUUCGAGCCGAGCCUUCAAAGUUUUUAAGAUAUCAACAUAGUCGAGAUGUUGUCACACUUUUAAAUUUCUUUGCUGACAGUUCGCUCCCACUUCCUGCUGGAUGGGAGAUGAGGACUGAUUCACAAGGACAAACCUAUUUUGUUGAUCAUACACGCCGUUCUACAACAUUUAUUGAUCCGCGUUUGCCUCUUGAAGAGACUUCCUCAAAAACUAAAAGCAGGAAUGAGAACUCAACAAACUCAUCUCGAAAUGAUAGAUCGUUAAGUCGCCGACGUCAAUCUUCUAACGUAGCUGCUCCUCCACCUCCUGUUUAUCCAGAAUCGGCGACAACUGAUAUAGAAGUGCCUAAAACUUACGAUGAAAAGGUUGUUGCGUUUCUCAGACAAGAAAACAUUGAGGAGAUAAUAAAGCGCCGAGAAAAUGAUUACGCUUCCAAAUCUUCAUUACAACGAAAGAUUUCUUUUGUGAAAAGAGAUGGUAUAGACGGGCUGAAAAGACUGCAAAAUGAUAUGGAGUUAGUUAUACUGUUGAGUAUCUUCGAAGAUGAUAUCCAAACUUUUGUACCAUCUAAUGGUGCAACAAAAUCAAAAAAUGAACAGCACCCAAGAGAAUCUUUGCGAGUUUCUACGAUCGGAAGAAACGUUGCACCGUAUCGUCGUGACUUUGAAGCGAAGUUACGAACUUUCCAUAAACAAAUGGUACAUAACGCAUACGGCCAGGGACCUGGAAAGAUAAGAUUAAAAAUUCGCCGUGACCAUGUGUUACAAGACGCUUUUGAACAAGUGAUGAAGUUGUCUCCUCGUGCACUUCACAAAGAAAAACUUUAUAUCAAGUUUACUGGUGAAGAAGGUUUAGAUUAUGGUGGUCCCGCUCGUGAAUUUUUUUUUAUGAUAUCCCGGGAACUUUUUAACCCUUAUUACGGUUUGUUCGAAUAUUCAGCGAGUGACACCUAUACAUUACAAGUCAGCCCUGCUUCAAUGUACUGUGAAAACGCACAGAAUUGGUUUCGAUUUAUCGGCAGAAUAAUUUCGCUAGCGUUGAUUCACCAACAUUUGUUAGAUGUUUUUUUUACACGAACCAUUUACAAGGCGUUGCUACGGGAGAAAUGGGACUUGAGUGACUUGGAGACACUAGACGAAGAAUAUUACCAAAGUCUUAAAUGGAUGUUAGAAAAUGACAUCACGGAUAUUCUAGAUCUGACAUUUUCAGUUAAUGAAGAAGUUUUUGGACAUAAUACGGUUAGUGAACGCGAAUUAAAACCCAACGGAAAAAAUAUCACUGUUACAGAAGGAAAUAAACACGAAUACGUUGAUAUGAUGGUUAAAUGGAAGAUUGAACGGGGUAUGGGCGAACAGAUGGAGCAAAUUAUUAAAGGAUUCACUGAUGCUCUUGAUUUGAAAAUGAUUUCAUUAUUUGAUCCCAAAGAGCUUGAACUUGUAAUAGCAGGUACAGUUGACAUAGAUAUAGAGGAUUGGAGAAAAAAUACCGAAUACAGAUCAGGUUAUCACGACAGCCAUCCUAUUGUUGAAUGGUUUUGGAAAGCUGUUGGAUCCUUCACUAACGAGAGAAGGUUGCGUUUGUUACAGUUUGUUACUGGAACUUCAAGUAUACCAUAUGAAGGUUUUAGUGCACUUCGAGGAAGCAGUGGUUUGAAGAAAUUCACUAUUGAUUGCUGGGGAUCAGAAGAAAUGUUGCCACGAGCACAUACCUGCUUCAACCGCUUAGACUUACCGCCAUAUAAAAGCUACGAUAAAUUGUUUGAAAAAUUGUUAUUCGCAAUAGAAGAGAGCAGUACAUUUGGAAUCGAAUGAUUGUAAAGAUUUUGAAAUUGAUUCAAGCAACCACCUCAUUCAGUAUACAGAACAAAUACAUGGUAACAUGUUACAAAUAGAAAGCCAUAUCCUAAAAACGAUAAAUAGCAUUUGAAACAGAACAUUCCGUAUUUUAUAUUAACCACACAAUGUUUAUAUAAAAAAGCUUCUAUGGAUUUUUAUAGACUAAAUGACACAAUCAUUGUAUGUCUGACGUUACCUCGUUAUCAUGACACCAUUCUGCAUCUAAUGCGCAAUCUUUAUACGUUUAGAGUAUUUUUAAAUCAUAAGGUGAACUCGGAAUUUUUUAAACAGAAUUAAAUAGCGUAGCAAAUGAAAGCUUAUUAUAUUUAAAUGCAAAACGCUGUUUACAUUUUGCUAUAAAUUUUAUUUUUAAAUUAUUAUUUUUAUAGCUUUUUUAAAGUUGUAUUUGUAUGAUUGUAAAUCAAAAUAGACCUAAUUUUGUUGAUUACAGAAAAUUAGGUUUUCAUUUAAUUGUACUUAAUUUGGUUAUGAAUAAGAAAUAGAAAACCAAAUAUUUUUA